GGAUGUCAGACGCCAAGCAAAUCAUGGCACAGAAAAGUGCUAAAGUAGCAGCUGGGGCUGUUGUGUGUGUUGAGAGUGAAAUAAGAGGAGAUGUGACCAUUGGUGCUAGAACAGUUGUCCACCCCAAAGCACGGAUCAUAGCAGAGGCAGGGCCCAUUAUCAUUGGAGAGGGCAAUCUAAUAGAGGAGCAGGCACUUAUUAUUAACAGUUAUCCAGAGAAUAUCAUGCCAGACACAGAGGGAGUUGAGCCAAAAACCAUGACAAUUGGGACCAAUAACGUGUUUGAGGUUGGAUGUGUCUCUCAAGCUUUGAAAAUUGGAGACAACAAUGUGAUUGAGUCUAAAGCUGAUCUCGGGAGAAACGUGAUCCUGACCAGCGGCUGCAUCAUUGGCGCAUGCUGCCAGGUCAACACGUGUGAGGUCGUGCCGGAGAACACGGUCGUGUACGGUUCAAACUGCAUCAGGCGUGUGCAGAGCGAGAAGCCACAGCCUCAGACUCUGCAGCUCGACUUCCUCAUGAAGAUUCUGCCAAACUAUCACCACCUGAAGAAGACGGCCAAAGGAAACAGCACACCCGUGAGAAACUAAAGAUGGAGCUGGAUCCUGCAGCCCCAAAAGCAUCUGCGCAGUCAGGCACCACAGACACAUUCCCCUCAACCUGCACUGUCUUACACUUUAAUGUUGUUCCCUAAUGUUUAGCAGAAUACCCCCCAUUUUUAUUUUCAUCAACUAUACUCAUAUAUAUUUAUAAUUGUUCUGA